AUGAAUCAACGACCUCUAUGGAUUGUGGGUAGUAUAAUUGUGGUGACCAUGGUUGUCACGAUCUACAACACAAACGUCACGCCACUAUACCUAGACACCAGGCCUUGCGAGGAAUUGUUUACUGGGAAAGAAAGAGAAAGAGUUAUAAAGAGUAUUUCAACCCCGGGGACGGUAUGCUCCGAUCUACGUCGCGUAGGGGGACUCACAAAAAAGCCCAGUCGGGCUGCCGGUUCUUUUGGCCCCGAUGGCAUGUGGUACGUCUGUUUUGACGAGCAAGUUCAGCUAAAUCCCAGAUCAUGUGUUGUGUAUUCAUUUGGGUAAGUGAUUUUUGGCCGUUUCGAGUUGUGGGAGCCUCUUUUUUAAAGCGAGGCUAAGUGAGAAACGCGCGAUUGAUAUGAAAAUCACUCUUAAUUUUCAAGCUUUCACAAGAAAGGUUUUGCAUUUAGCCUAGUUUUGAAAGUGAGAGUUUUUCAUACUCGGAAAUGGCCUUUUGUUUUCUACAUUUUUCCCUCUCAAUUUUGUCCAGUUGCAUCCUAGUUCAAGAACCAAACGAAUUCAAAGUCAGAAAAUAAACGCUAUAUCAACUGCCACAUUUAGUGCUCCAAAGACGGCCGCCGCCAAAUUAUCGCUACCCCCGAAUUAGCGAUAAUUGGCUGCAGCAACAAUGCGACGCUUAUUUUGCUUCUAAUUAACAAAUAAAAAAGCUUUGACUGCGCUCUGUUCUGUUUUAAAGCCAUCAGGAGCGGCUACAGCACGAAAGAAGUAGGGAGAAACACUCGUGAUCACGUCUCGUGUUUCCCCUGUACAAUUAAUUCUUGAGUCCCGCUCUAGCCGCUUUCUAAGUGCUUUACAACGGAACCGAGCACAGUUACGGCUUCUUUAUUUGUUUAUUUUACGAUAAACCGAUCCGUUAAUUGCUCACGCAUUACUUUCCAAUUUUACUGCAUUAUUUACUGCUUCUUAUAGGAUUGGUAAUGACUUUUCGUUUGAUGAAAAGAUGGCGGAGUAUGGUUGUAACGUGUUCUCGUUUGAUCCUACAAUGGAUAAAGAAGACCACAGACAUAGCCCUGGAGUAAUGUUUUACAACCUUGGUCUGUCCGACGUUGAUCAAGAGAGACCUCGACAUCCUCGGCCAUGGCAC